AUGAAGCUCUAUAAGACUGUUGAGUGCCAAACCGUACAAAAGAAGAUGAUCUGUAUCAAAGAUAGAGAUUGUUUCUACUAUCACAAACAUGAGGAGAUGAGAAGAAGUCCAUAUGGUCCUGAUGGAGUAACAAUCGUAUACUCUCACACCACGUGUCAAGAGAAGUGUGGCAAGCCAAAUUGUAAAUAUGCACAUAACGAUGUCGAGGUUAUGUACCAUCCAUACAUAUAUAAGACCAAGCCGUGUAAUGACCAUGAUGGACACAACAAGACCUGCAAGAAGGGACGAUGGUGUGCCUUUGCCCAUGGAGAGGAUGACCUCAGAGUGGUAGCAAGGUUCAACAACAGCAACGGGGUUGGCAAUGGCAGUGUCAAUGGCACCAACGGUUGCAGCAACGGAGCCUCCAAUGGUCUGAAUGGAAGUGGCAAUAUAAAGAAUGGCUAUCGCUCUGUUCCACUCACAACUGUCAAUGGUAUCCUCAACACCUCGGUUCUCAGCACCAACCUCCAGUCCAGUGUCAAUGAGUUGUCCCCAAACUCCUUGCUCUAUCCGGACUACUAUGACAGUCACACCCUUCAAAUGAAGAGUCUCACGAUAAGAUAUGGAGUUCUCAAGGUUGACAAGGAGAACAAUCUCAACGCAUAUCUUGACCUGUCCGCCAGCGUCUCACCAUCCAGUGACGCGCAGAACAAUCCCAACGAGAGGGUUGUCAUCACUGGACUGCUCAACCGCAACCGUGCAUUCGAUGGAGAUAUAGUCGCUGUUGACCUCUCCUCAGUGGAUGAUCCUGGACUCAUCCAAGGCCUCCGUGUCGCUCAAGAGCAUCUGGACCGGGCUGUCGAGCACAUCCAUACUCAUGGACUACCCUCGGACUCACACCUCAAACAACACGCGAACCUGGACGCCGCCAGGGAGGGACGAGUCGUAUCCAUCAUCAGUGCCAACCAUAGACAGACCUACACAUGUGUCCUGAGGAAGAGCAUUGGUGAUAUUGCAUACCUGGCACCAGUUGACCACCGGUUGAUUGGAGCUAUUGCCACCAUAUCCAUGAGAUCGAUGUCCAACUCCAAGGGCACGCGCGACUACUAUGAAGUCACUGUACAGGGUUGGCCAGCCAACCAACCAUUCCCAUUGUGCCAGGUAACCAAUGCCGUGGCCUGCAUCGAUGAGCUAUCGCAGAGUGUAUCAAUAUUGAAGUCUGAGAAUAAGCUAAACGUUCCAUUCUCCGAUCAAACCGAGUCAGAGGUCAAGUUAAUCAGCUUGAAGGCGAUGAACAUCAACAAUGUCCAACAGAGAAAGGACCUACGUAAUAUGUUGACCUUCUCUGUGUCACACAAGCCCGAGAUACAAACACUCUUCUCCUGUUGCCAGUUGUCAAACGGUAACAUCAAAUACUACGUCCAUGUGACUGAUGCAUCAUUCUACAUCAAGGCCAAGUCUGUCAUCGAUAAUGAAGCCUCUGCUAGAGGUAGCCAAAUCGAUAUGGGCAGCUACACAUCACACAUCCUUCCAGCUGAUGUCAUCAAGACAUUGAGCCUGCAGCCUGGAAAGGACUGUUGUGCCAUCACUAUUGAGUGGGAGAUGCACAACAAUCAACCGACGAGCGAGAACUAUGUAUAUCAAUCAGUGGUCAGCUCGUCGGGCAACCUCACCUAUGACGAUGUUAGAGGUAUCAUCGAGAAUGAUACGCUUGAGCACACCAAGAUGAUCAAGCAGCAAGCACAUCGUGUCAGGGACCUCAUUGGAGACAUCAAGAGACUCUACAACAACAUGAAGUUGUUCCACAACAAAUACCGAGACUCCUCACUCACGCCACUCACUGGCGAGACGUCCAUCUACCACGACCUGACCGACCAGAUCAAGCAGAUUGCCAACUACAUUGCAUGCAACGUCAAGAAUCUCCAUCAUGUGAUCUAUGUCAAGUCGAUCCAAGAUCUGCCACCAAAGGUCGCCGAGCAUCUCAAGAGCAGCCACGAGAAGCAUUCAAUCAAGAUGAACACCAACCAAUGCACCAUGGCUCAGUUGUUGGGUGACCUUGAUGGCCAUGUAAUGGCUCAGCAAUACAUCCUCCAGCUGGACAAGCAGACCAGGGUCAGUAGCUACUCGACCAAGGAAGGCAAAUACCUCCAAUAUCCAUUCUCCAUGGAUAUCACCAGUCCGCUCACGAACUACGCCGAUCUACACAACCAGAGGAUGCUCGUCGCCGCCAUCAACUCUACAAUCAACCCCGACAGUCUGUUGUCAGACCAUAAGACCGUGAGCCUCCCUGACAAGUUCCAAUCUCUUGUCGAAUUGACCAAUCACCUGGAGAUGUGCCAGUCAUUGAAGACCAGGGUGGAGAGACUCUUUGAGGGUUCAAUCAUUGGCAUUUGGAUCGAGAAUAUUGGCAAGACACUCUACAUUGAUCUGCGCUACAUCAAUGGAUGCACAUCCACCUGGAUCCGCACCAAUCGCCAUCUACUCGUCAUGUGGGAUCCAAGUAGCACAGUGAUCGACUGUGUGGACUGCCCAGUGAAGAAGAGUCUGUAUCAUUCACAAGAUGGAAUGUUGUCGUCCUCUGCCGUCUCAUUGUAUCCGAUGCAACACAUGGACAAUCCCAAGCAGUUGGUCACCCUCAAGCUCAGUGUAUACGAUCCCAUCCAAGUACAAGUAUCAUCACUUGCCAAUCAUCUUCGUCCCAAGUUCUUCAUCCACCAACUCUGCAGCCUGAAGAACACAGUCCCAUUGUGUCAUGAGCACUUGACGAACAAGGAGAUAUACAUGCUCAGCAAGUAUCCAUUUGAGCCAUCCAAGACCAUAGACACUGACUCUACCUACAUGAAUCAUUGGAGUACCUUAGUUGACAUCAACUCUACUCAUAAGAGCAUUGUAAGGUCAAACUCAGUGUAUGCCUUCAAUGUGACAAUAUCUUGGAGCAAGAAGAAGAAGAAGUAUGUUGGAUCGUUCAACGUACCAUUGAACCAAUCGCCUCUGGCCAAGAGGAUCAGUCGUGGUGACUUCCUCUGUCUACGCUAUACCAAUGAAGACAAGACCAUCCAAGCCCUUCACACAUUCAUCACCAAGGCCAACUAUGAAGAGAAGUGUGGCCGAACUCUCUGCAAGUUCUCCAUUAGGUCCGCCAAGCUCACUCAGAAGGUCUUUGUAUUGGAGAUAAUAUUCAGAGAUGAGUUCAAUCGCAACCUCAUCAAUGGUGUUCAAAGCUUCACUGAGCUGAACACAGAGUUGAAGGAGAUCAUAUUGGAUCAGAAGCCAUUCCAAUACCACAACAACUUGGGCAUCGACAACCUAAAAAUCAACCUCACGCCAGAGCAACAGAAGAUCAUACAACAAUGCAUCAACUAUCCCCUGACGAUCGUUGAGGGUCCACCUGGAGCAGGUAAGUCCACCAUAGCAUCACUCAUUUGUCGCGUGGCAGUUGGUGACCCACAGAGCAACAAUGGUAUUGUACCAAAGGUGUUGCUGUCUGGUCCAAAUGAUCAUAGUGUGGACUGGUCAUUCAAGAAGUUGAUGAGAAUGUUCCCCAACAUCAAGGCACUGCGUGUCUACAAGUCACCACUGGAUGAAUCUGCCGAGUACAUUGUACCUGAAGAUAUCAAACCAUACUCGCUGCACUACCAAGUCAAGGUGGAUCCUGUGUCCUCCAACUCCAGGGACAGAGAAGGAAUAUUGCUGAACGAUGCAAAGGUCAUAUGUUGCACGUCAGAUGUAUCAAUGGAGAAGCGUAUCACAGACCUGAACAUACCUUGGGUGAUCGUGGACAAUGCCAACCAAGAGCUUGAGCCUACCACCAUUUGCAAGUUGAACAAGGCCAGACAUCUAGUCCUACUUGGGGACUCAAUAACAGACAUCCAUGACUCUGAGGUAUCAAUCAAGAAGCAUGAUCUCACGACCAUAUUCACAACACCGUUGGCCAGAAGACUAAAGAAUGUACCCACCAUCAAGAUCUACCCAACGCAUGCAACUCCAAUGGUGUUCAAUGACCUUGGCGACCUACCUUAUGAUCCGAAGUCUAUUGUGGCUAACACCAAACCACUACUAUCCUUCUUUGAUAUCAGUGACUCUGAGGAGAAGUUAGAUAUCAAGGACUUUGAUUCAAAGGAUGAGCACCGCUGCUCCAAAUACAUCAACGAAAGAGAGGCAGCAUUUAUCUCCUACCUUGUCAACAAUCUGGUACGAAACAAUAACGCCAAUGCAUCGACCAUCACGGUCAUAUCACCCUAUUGUGCACAGAGAUGGCUCAUUCGCCGAUACCUCAGCAACUACAACUUUACUGAUAUCAAGGUUAUGUCGCACAUUGAAGCAGCCUAUACUAGGACUGAUUGUGCCAUUGUUUCCUUGGUAAGGACAAGCCCAGAUGAUCCCAUCUCAUUCGAUAAUGAGCAAUACUUCCUACGAAACCUCCUGCUAACAACCAAGGGACUCAUCUUUAUUGGCAACAUCAAUUGUUUGGAGAACAACUACAGAUGGAAGUCCUUUGCCAGCAAGAUCAGACAGCUAAAGGUGUACAGUCAGACCAACAUGAGCUCCAUGACCAAUCCAAUCUUCACGAUGGUAGAGACAGAGAACCUGUUCAAACUCAACGUCUACCAAACUAUCACCUCCAACUUCCAAGGCUUAAGUAUCCACAACUGA